UUUUCUAUCUCUCUGUUGCGCUCGCUAUAGAAAAGCGCCAGAGAGCGGCAUGUCGUGAAUUGAACGAGCGGGCUUUGCCAAAGCGAGAGCGCUGCUAUUCUUCUACUCGCGUUCGCGCUUUCCAUUCGUACUGCAGAAGGGUUAAUGUUGCAGAUGUACCUUCCAUAAGGCGGUGAAGCAUUAUUUUGGAGAUACCUUUGACAUACUGGACAUUAGCUAACGGGCUGCGUCGUAAAGACGCAACCAGGCGCCAUGAUGGUAGGUGGAACCUGUUAUCACUUGGCCGGUAGGCUAUUGAAUUUUCAACGCGUUUAAUUAGUUGGAACUCUGGCAUUGUUUGUUCCCUUUCAAAAAGGAGAUCUGCAGUAUUUAAUAAGCGAGAAAUGUUGCAGGACGGAAUAUGCGACACUACCGACAUUUUAAACAGCGUGCCUCCCAAAAAGACAAUUCAUGCCGAUAGCAUAGAUCUGCAAGACAAGCCUCUACGGGUGGAUAUAUCUGAUGCUCUCAGCGAGAAGGAUAAAGUGAAAUUUACUGUACACACAAAAACUACCUUGCCCGAAUUUCAAAAGUCAGAGAAUUUGGUUGUAAGACAGCAUGAGGAAUUUGUGUGGCUUCAUGACAGAUUUGAGGAGAACGAGGAGUAUGCUGGCUAUAUCAUUCCACCAUGUCCACCAAGACCAGACUUUGAUGCAUCUCGUGAGAAAUUACAAAAACUUGGAGAAGGUGAAGGUAACAUGACAAGAGAAGAAUUUAACAAAAUGAAGCAAGAAUUAGAAGCAGAAUAUUUGGCUACUUUCAAGAAAACUGUUGCUAUGCAUGAAAUGUUUCUAACAAGAUUAGCACAUCAUCCAGUUUUUCUAAAUGAUCACAAUCUUAGAGUAUUUCUAGAAUAUGAUCAAGAUCUUUGUGUCAGAGGAAAAAAUAAAAUGGAAAUGUUUGGUGGUUUAGUGAAAUCUUUUUCCAAAACCACGGAUGAAUAUUAUUUGCAGGCAACUGUAAAAGAUGUAAAUGACUUUUUUGAUCAAGAAAUGACAUUUCUACAAUUGUAUCAUCAUAAUUUAAAGGAAGCAACGAGUCGUGCAGAUCGUCAAACUGCGAAGCAUAAAGACGUAGCAGAUUCAUAUAUAAAAAUAUCUACUAAUCUUUUACAAUUAGCUACAAUAGAUCCUGGUAAAUUAGAGAAAUUUUUAACAAAAAUUGCAGAAACGUUUGAAAAAUUACGGAAAGUCGAAGGACGAGUAGCAUCCGACGAGGAUUUGAAAUUGUCUGAUACGCUUCGUUAUUACAUGAGGGAUACUGCUGCAGCAAAAAGGCUUCUUUUUAGAAGGUUAAAAGCUUUGCACGCAUACGAAUCUGCAAAUCGUGCUCUUGAAAAAGCUCGUGCCAAAAAUAAGGAUGUACAUGCAGCAGAACAAGCUCAAACCGAGGCAUGUGAAAAAUUUGAACAAAUGUCUGAAAAGGGUAAAAAAGAAUUAACGGAUUUUAAAACGAGACGUGUAGCAGCAUUUAAAAAGAACCUCAUUGAGUUAACGGAACUUGAAAUAAAACAUGCUAAAGCGCACGCAGAAUUGCUUAAGAAAUGUCUAUCCGUACUUCGAGAGGAGUGAUCCAAUUUGUCAGUUGCCAUGGCUAAAUCUGUUAUGCGCUCCGCAUACAGAUAACAACUUAUUUACAGUUAUUAUAAUUUAAUGGUACUGUAAAAUAUUAUAUAUUUUUUGUUAUUUAGAUAUAUUAUAUAAUACAGAAUAAAGUUCUGAAUUAUCACAGCUGCAAAAGGGUUCAGCUGCUUAAAGAAAGAAAAAGAAAAAGAAAAAAGAUUAAAUAAUUUCUAUUAAUUGUUUCUGAGCUGUAAAAAGCUGUGUAUAUGCUAUAACUUAUGUCUAGAAAAAAAUUAGGCAUUACAUUUUUUCGUACGCAUUUACAUAUGUUGCGCGAACCGUGGAGGUGCACAAAAGUACUGUAAAAAUGAAUAAAAUGUAAAUGGCGCUGAGACUUUUUGCAGCUUUAAAUUAAUUACCUAUUAUGCUUAUAACGUAAGAUUCUUUAUAUUAUAUAUGAAUAAAAAAAAAAAAAAAUAUAUAUGCGUAUUUGUAGACAUAUAUGCAUAUAUAUAAUCGUUAGAAGACAAUGUUAUUAAAACACUAGUUUUAGAAACACAAUAUCGUUUACGACGACAAAAAAAAAUCAGUACCGAUAAAACUUAGAACAGUGAAAUUAACAUAAGAAACAAUUUCCAUGCGUAUGCAUCCAUUCGAAUUAUUACAAAACGUGUAAUAAUUUAUACAUGUAAUGUUAUAAAUUUUGUUGAUCCUUUGUCUACUUUUUGUGAGUGGCAAAAACAUAGUGAAGGGACCUGGAAAUGAAUAUUAUAAUAAAGUGCAAUUAUACUUUUCAA